GCCGCCGGCAGCCGAGGCUCAGCCGGAGCCCCCCGCGGAGGAGCGCGCCCGGGGGCGGACUCGCCGCUGCCAGGAAGCCUGGAGAACAAAAACAUUCAAAAGAGCCUUCAUCUUUACAAUGCAUGCAUCUGGCAGUUGUGGCGUGCGGGGACCGGCUGGAAGAGACGCUCAUCAUGCUGAAAUCAGCAGUUCUCUUUAGCAACAGGAGGCUCUGCUUUCACAUUUUUUCUGAGGAUUCCCUUAAGCCUGAGUUCAAAAAGAAAUUACAGGAAUGGCCCUCCUCGUAUACAAAGAAAUUUGAAUACAACAUUUACCCAAUAACCUUCUCAGUAGGAAAUGCUCAGGAAUGGAAAAAGUUAUUCAAACCAUGUGCUGCCCAGCGCCUGUUUCUUCCGGUUAUUUUAAAGGACGUGGAUUCUCUCCUCUAUGUGGACACCGAUGUGCUCUUCCUGAGGCCCAUCGAUGACAUCUGGCACAUCCUGAAGGAAUUCAACUCAACGCAGCUAGCUGCUAUGGCCCCAGAACACGAGAUACCAAAGAUUGGCUGGUACAGUCGAUUUGCGCGUCACCCGUAUUAUGGGACAACUGGAGUCAAUUCUGGAGUGAUGCUAAUGAAUUUAACACGGAUACGCAACACUCAGUUCAGGAACAGCGUGAUACCGAGUGGUUUGACUUGGGAGGAAAUGUUAUAUCCAUUAUAUCAAAAGUACAAAAAUUAUAUUACAUGGGGAGACCAGGAUUUACUAAAUAUUAUUUUUUACUUUAACCCAGAGUGUCUGUAUGUGUUUCCAUGUCAGUGGAACUACCGGCCAGACCACUGUAUGUAUGGAAGUAACUGUAAAGGUGCAGAAGAAGAAGGUGUCUCUAUUCUGCAUGGAAAUAGAGGUGUCUACCAUGAUGACAAGCAGCCUACAUUCAAGGCACUCUAUGAAGUGAUACGUGAUUUUCCAUUUGAAGACAAUCUCUUCCAGUCUUUGUACUAUCCUCUUCAGUCUAAGUUCCUGGAUACAGUGCACACUUUAUGUGGGAGAAUUCCACAAGUAUUUUUGAAGCAAAUUGAGAAAACUAUGAAGAAGGUGUAUGAAAAUCGUGUCAUUGUCUACCUGGGGGCCAACCACAGAUACUAAAUGUAGUUGUAUUUUUAUAUGAAAUUUGUGCCUAGGUGGCUUGCACCUAGAGGUCUUAAAGCAUUUAAAUGAAGAAUGUUACCUCUUUUACUUAAACUCAAAAAAAAAAAAAUCUUAUUCAAUUUCCUAAUAACUCUCUGAAAUUAUAAAAUCUGAAGAAAUCCCGGAGUCCUUCCAUAGACCUUUUGUUCUUUUCCUACUGGUUUGUCUUUUUUUUUCUUUUUGGUUGCAACAGGGAGAGCUGAUGAUUCUCACUUUUGUUUGAUGAGUUUACUUUGGUUGUUUGUUAAAGAGCAGCAGUAUUCACUGUAACUUCUGCUUUUUUAAGUUGGGCAAAAGUUUGUUCUGAACUUAGGCUCAACGAAGAAGUGGUGGUUGGAGCUAUUUAAUACGUAUGGAAUAUAACUUCAAUUGACAGGGCAAGCAUCUUUUUCCAAGUGCAUGAGGUGUGAAAGCGUUUGUGACACAUCCCUAAGUGUGAUGUGUGGAAGACACAGCAUGGCAAACUGCAUUGCUGCAGAAUCAUCGGAGUGAAGAAGGCGUUAAGAUAGGGAGCAUGCUGACUUGAUCUGAGCGGUUUCACUGCAGGCCUGUGCUGGGCCUAAACAGCACGACAGACUGAAAUGUCUGCUGUUAGCACCUCUGUGCUGCACGUUCCCAUCAACACUUUGUGCAUGUAUUGUGCCUCAGAGAUGUCAUCUUGCAGGCUCUGCCUCAUAAGUGUAAAUGGACUCGGAAAGGACAGAGGCACCUCUGCAUUUGUUUUGUUGGAAAGCCCGGAGUUUCAUAAUGGGAACCAGAGAGGCAUUUAAACUUAAGUGUAGAUGUUACUCUCUCCCACACUAUUUUCUUAUUUUGUCUUAUUUUCUAUUUCAAUUAAAGUUUUAGUUGCCGCUUAAAAAAAAAAAAAAACACUGUGUUUCUGGAUACAGAGAAGUUUGAAAAUGUAACUCAAACUAACCUUCAAAAACCAGAAGGCAACGAAAGGAAAACUCAGCAUGCUGUUUUGAAAAGUUUAAGAUAAUGUAAACCUAUGAUAAGAGGUAAGCCUUUUAAGUUAGCAAUAAGAAGAACAUGUAGAAGUCUUAGUUUGCUUUUUUUAAUUAUUAUUUUAUUUUCAAAUACCAGGGUAAAGCUGACUGUAGGUCAAAUGAGGAUAGAUGAGAUGCAUGCUGGCCGCUCUGAAUCCCUCAUUUCCACGGUGUCUGUAAGCCACAGAAAGUUGCAGAGCAAAAGCCUUGUUGCCCAGGCUGUUUAACUCUGGUGCUAAGUCUCUGAAGUUUAGAAAACUGUGACUGUGUAAGCUAUGAUUCAGCAGAACCCUCCAACUAUGGGCAUGUUAAAAUGAAGGAAUGGAAUUCAUUACAAAGCAAAGGCAUUAUUACGUAUAAAAUGUUUAGAGAUCAAAACAGUGCUUUUUAUGUUUACAGGAGGUGCUACGUUAUUUUUAGAAAGAGCUAUUAAAAUAUAUGAAGUAUAUGCUUUAACAUGAAGGCUCCUGUUAGUGUAAUAGCAACUUGCCGGAAGAGUGGGAGAGUUCUCCCUGCUGUGCUGCUUCUGAGGAAAAAAAAAAAAAAGCUGUAAUUUGAGCUCUCCAAAGUGUAUUAAAACAAUUACUUAACUUUGA